AUGAAGGCGGCGAGAGCCCUCAUGGUGGCGUCAACGGGCGGAGCGGUGGCGGUAUCAGUGGGGCUCUUGGCGCUCUCGAUCUACCUCGCGCUCAGGUCUGCGUGCACCCUCCGCUCCCUGCUGCUCCGUUCCCAUCCGCGCUUCGCCGCCAUUGCGCGCCUUUGCAUAUCUCAACGAGCGCGCAGCGCUUUCUGUUUCACGCGCCCAUCCACUCCCCGCGACCCCUCACCCUCCCGCCAGCCUCCCCGUCUCCGCACCACUCUUCCCCCCACCAGCGGUAGUGGUAGCGCGUGCGCGCAGCCACUGGACGCGUCGAGCAACGCGAUGGGCGCGGUGCUGCUGAGCGCAAGCAUACUGGGGCUGAUCGGCGCGCUGGCGCACGAGGGGUGCCUUGAAUUCCUCUUCCUCUGCUGCUCCGCCGCCCUCACCCUCGCGCUCUUGGCAUACUCAGCGUUCGCCCUGGCAGUAACAGCGCCAUCCCCCAGCGCCACGGUGGGCGCGGCAGGGCAGGCGGUGUACAGCGUGGCGGGCUUCUCGUCGUGGCUGCAGGGGCUGGUGGCGCAGCCUGAGGCAUGGGAGGCCAUGCGCACAUGCCUGGUGUCCAACAGCUCCUGCCCUGCCCUGCCACCUCCUUGGAGGGGUGCUGGGGGAGAGAUGGGAGGGAUACACAAAAGCAGCAGCAACAGCAGCAGUAUUGCAGCUGCAUCCGGUAGCUCUGGCGUCAAGAACCCAUCAGUCAUACAGAGUGGGUGCUGCUUUUCCCCCGCCCCGUGCAGCACGAACACAACUCUUUCCACGACACCUAUCCUGUCGUCUGCCCCAUCACCUGCGCCAUCAGUCGCCCUCUCACCAGUAGCACCAGCAGCACUUCCUGCACCCUCCGUGGCAAAGUCAUCGCACACUGACAACCAUUUGCAACCAACCAUCCGGACCACUGCUGUUCGCGCCAAUUCCACAUCGUUCUCAGAUUGCACCAGCGCUGACCCAGGCGGUGGUGGGAGGUGUUUCAGCUGCGACACAUGCAAGGCAGCGCUCCUCAAGGUCGUGAGGGACGACCUCUCUCUCGCUGGCUGCGUGUGCCUCACUGUUUCCUGCCUGCUGGUCGUGCUGUUGGGCGUGGGAGGGUAUGGCACGCGCAAAGGUCGGACGGUCACGAUGAGGACGGAGAAGUUACUGACGGCGAUCGCCAACACGCUCAUCCUCUGCCUCGCGCUCGCCCUCAUCGGCGUGUCGCUCUACACCACGUGGAGCUCGCCGCCCAGCACGUGCCUGAUCAUGUACCAGACGCCGCUGAUGGCGAUCGGCGCGGCGCUGUUCAUCGGCGCGCUGGUGGGGCUGCUGGCGCUGGUGUGCGACAACUCGUGCCUCGUGUGCAUGCAGCUCACCGUCUCCUUCACCGCCAUGUGGGCCCUCCUCGCCUUCGCCAUAUUCGCGCUGGUGGUGACGGGGCCGGGCGGCGCGUCAACGGAGAAGAGCCGCGGGUUCACGGUGUUCGAGCCGGCGCAGUUCAGCGCGUGGAUGCAGCAGCAGGUCGCGGGGGACCGCUGGGCUCCGCUCGCCUCGUGCCUCAGCGGCGCGCGCACGUGCGGAGACGUGCGGAACUACAUCGGGCGCAACCUCAAGAAAGCGCAGCUCUCCCCGCUCGAGGCGGGGUGCUGUCUACCCCCCCAAGGCUGUGUGCUGGGCGGGCUGAACAUGUCAGCGCCCGUCUACUACUCCUUCGCCUUCGACCUCCCCACCAUGCCCAAGCUCCCCCUCCCCUCCGCCGACGCCGCGCCCACCGUGCAGCGCAGCACGAGCAACUGCAGCGGGUUCAGUGCGGAGCCGAGCCAGCUGUGCUACAGCUGCCCGUACUGUCAGGGCGGGCUGCUCACGCUGCUGCGCGACAACCUGCGCAUGGAGGCCUUUGUUGCGCUCGGCGUGUUCAUCGCCGUCUUCAUGCUGCUGCUCAUCGCCUGCUUCGCCUACUGUGGUGCCCGCCCCGAUGACGACGAGGAGACGGGCAAGGGCAAGAAGACGGAGAUCAGCCUGGCCAGGCAGCAGACGUUUGUGAUUGCCGAUCAGCCGCCAGCGCAGCUGCUGUCCGUGCCGACCUUCCAGCGCACCCUCACCAUGGGGGAUGGCGGUGGCGGCGGGCCUGCGUUCACCCGCAGUACGACCAUGUGUGACAACAGCGGUGGUGGCGCUGCCGCUGCGGCGGCGUCGAAUGCGCAGUUGUCGCGCACGCUGACACGCAUUGAGCAGGCUCUGGGGGCGGACCUACAGCAGUUCAAACGCUCCAACACCAUGGCUGGUGGUGGCGGGGGGUCGGAGCAAAGGGAAUUCAACCGCACACGCACGUUCCAGUCGAGUGCAGAUGGGUACGCGGAUGGAGGGGUCGGGAGGGAUGCAGAGGGGCAGAAGGGGCGGCUGCUGGGGAGAAUAAACACGCUGGAGUCGUCAAAGGGAUCAAGAGGAGGCGAGCAUGGCACUCACCGCAGCAACGCGUCCAGGCGGGGCGAGGGGGGGUCGAGAGAGAAGCUUUCACAGAGUGGGAGGGGCAGACACCGGGACUAUGAUGAGGAGAGUGCGAGGGACUCGGAUUACAUGUCAGAGGAGGAAGAGUACUACGAGGAUGAGGAUGAUGUGGAGGAUGUUGACCUGUAUGACUAG